AUGGCAACAUCACUGCGCUGCCUCCACGCGCCUUCGAGCGCAAACGCUUUUGUGCAGCUUGCGCGCCGCUCGGUGCCGACGCCGACGACGGCUAGCGCCCCGAUUCUCUCGGUUCUGAUUCCGAGGUGGAAUACCGCCACCGACACCACGACAAAUCACCCCGGCGGGGCAAGGAAGCAUAGUACCGAAACUCUUUCAAGAACAAGGCCGACGCCACAGAACUUUGCGAGGAGAAACGCGGCAACAAAACACAAACAGAUCCGCAAGUUUACGGCUUCGGCGACGAGGCGGCAGACGAGAUGUGUCUAUAACCCGCAAAACGACGAGGACGGGAAGGAGAUGCGUCUGGCCGACAUCAUGAAGAAGGACAAAAACCCGAACCUUGCGCUCAGGAUACAAGUAGAGAGCGGCGGCUGCCACGGCUUCCAGUACCUCAUGAGCCUAGUGACCCUCCCAGGGACCGAGAACGUGGAUGAUUGGUCAAAGGUCGUUGGAGAGGAGGAUACGGUAUUCCAGUACCUUCCCGAGGGCGCGGACCCUUCGGCGGCGACAUUUGAGGGACCAAAGAUUGUGAUUGACGAGCCGUCCUUGGAUCUGUUGAAGGGAAGCAAGGUGGAUUUCACGAUGGAACUCAUCGGCUCCCAGUUCAAGAUCACGGACAACCCAUACGCCACGAGCAGUUGCGGAUGCGGGACGAGCUUCGACAUCAAGAUUUGA